AUGACCGGCAUCUUCACCUAUCGGAAUUUCUCGCUGCAAGACACUCCUGACCUGGAUGGUCGAGUAGCCGUGGUGACGGUAGAAAUCACCGCUCAGCUCCUGGAGCACGGCAUAGCCAAGGUGUUCCUCGUCGCCCGCAGCGCCACCAAAUACCAAGAGGCGCUCCAAGCAUGGAAGCAGCGCCACUUACUCGAUGAAGACAAUUCCCGCGUCACGUUUGUCCCGUGCGAUUUGGGUGACAUCAACGCAGUCAAAGCCGCCGCGGAUCAAAUUAAGCAGAGCACAGAAUAUGUUCACAUCCUUGUCUGCAACGCGGCAUUGGGCGUGCCGCCGCAAUACAAGCGCUCAUCACAGAAUAUCGACUGGGUCUUCGCAACCAACUGCGUCGGGCACCAGGUCCUGACGAUGCUCUUGGUUCCUUUGCUGAAACGAGCAGUAACGCACACCAACAACGGCGAUGCCCGGGUGGUGGUCACCAGCUCAGUGCUGCAUGUAGUCUGUCGCCAUCUGGAUCUGGAUCUGCUCACCUCGCCCUCGCGCAUUAUAAAGUGGUCGGACAUGUGGGAUGGCAUAUGGCGGUAUGGCCGCUCGAAGUUGGGGAAUAUCCUGUUUGCGAAUGAGCUGAGUCGACGGCUGCUCCUGGACCGGGACCCAGCGGCCCAGCACAUCUAUGUCAACUCGUAUUUCCCCGGGAAUAUUGUGACGGACCAGUGGACCGCGUGGAGUGCGUAUGUUGGCGGGUUUUUGGGAUGGAUCCUGCGCAAGUUAGCGGGAUUCUUCGGGCAAAAUCUACAAGAUGGUGCAGCCACCGCGGUGUAUCUGGCUGCCAGUCAAGAGGUUCGCCAGAACAGUUACCGGGGGGAGUACUUUAUUCCCAUUGCGACGCGGUGUGCGCCGAGUGCGACGGCACAGGAUUCGAAGCUGGCGCGGAAUUUGUGGGUAAGUGGUGUCUCCAACCCUGAGAAAUAUAUAUCGAUUCUAACUGAUUAG